AGUCGACUCCUCGCGGUAGAAUAGUAGCUGUACGGAGUGCGCCAAAUACCUCGCGAACACUGACCAUUCUUUUUACCGUAUGUGUCCUUGAAUAAUUAAGUGCAACAUAGUAUACAAAUGUGAUCAAAGGACGGAGGGAGGAGAUACCUAAUUACUCUUUUAUGAUUAGCCUUCAGUAUAAUGAACAGACAUUUACAAUGGGCUGUUUGCUUUCCCGCGAAAAGCCUCCCAUCGAUUCCCGGAAAAACGACACGAUGGAAAUCGAGUUGAAGUAUAAAGUUAACGGAAUAACUGAAGCGGAGUUUACGGAGGAGCAGAAACAGCUUGUUAAAUCCACCUGGGAAGUGGUCCGGGAGGAUAUUUCUAAAGUCGGAGUCAUAACAUUUCUCAGGUUGUUUGAGAAAUUCCCUGAUGUACAAGAUUUAUUUGUCCCUCUCCGAGGACUGAGUUCAGAGGAACUCCGCCACAACGUGGGACUACGGGAGCACGGACUUAGAGUCAUGGGGACUAUUGAAAAAUGUAUCACCCGUCUGGACAACCCACAAAAAUUAACCUCCAUGUUGGAGGCCCUGGGAGAGAAACACAUUAUGUUUGACACCAAAAUAGAAUAUUUUGACUUGCUAGCUCCACAAUUUAUACAUGCAAUUAAACCUGCAAUCGGUGAAGAAUGGACGCCUGCAGUAGAGAAGGCCUGGAACAACUUUCUAACAUAUAUCACAGAUAUCAUGAAGAAAGCUAUGUUGCAGGCCACGUGAUCCCCAAGGGCUUCUGUGAAUUAUUUCCCUUGAUUUAACCAUUCGAAAUUCUGAAACAAUGUAUAAAUUGUGUGUGUGAGGAAAAUACGGGAAAGAGUGUUUUGAAGAAUAUAUUUCAAUAAAUGCAAUACCGAUGUCAUUUGUCGUCUAUCACGAUCAAAGAUUACAUUUACGUCAAUAUGUGAACAAUGCACCUUCGCUGAAAGAAUGGCGUGACAGACUAAGGUUAGGUUGAUGGCGCCAUACUCACGGAAUCUGUAAAUAAGCGCCAAAAUCUAUCAUUUUGUGUUCCAUUACCCGUUGAUGAGAUUCGGUUUAAAACGGUGAACUAAUGGAAGAUAGUUUAAUCUUCAUUACCUCAGAAUUAAGAUUAAAAGCUGUCAGCACAGGUAGCGUUCGUACAGCUUAACAGACGUUCUCACUUUAUAUAAAUUAACUUCACACCUGCAAAAGAACACAAUACGUAAAUUGUAUACGUUAACUGUUUCCCUCAGUCUGCACUUAGAUAAACUGACGCAAUCUGAUCAACUUCCUUUGUUUGUUAAAUCAUCUCAUAAAUUCAUCAAACGUGCACAUUAUUUACAAGAAAUUACAGAAUGAUUAUAUCUGUUGAAAAGGAAGAUUAAUUCAAAGUGCGUGCAGAACAUAUUACACCAGGCCAGAUGGCUGACGUAUAGCUCCAGAAAGUUUUAUCAGGAACUUUUAUAAUGAAAUUCAGUUUAUAUACUGAAUUCAGUGUUAUAUGGACAAUUUAAAAAUUCUUGUAAUACUAGUAUUCAGCAUAUGAACGUGCAAGCAAGAAUUAGUACUACAAAACCUUUGAUAUUGUAUAAUAGCAGAUAUUCUAAAUAAUUUUUAUGCAUAAAAAAAAUUGGUGAAUUAUU